AUGGACAACAGCUCACUCUUCGACGUUAAGGGUAAAAUCGUCCUCGUCACAGGCGGCGCGAAAGGUAUCGGUCGCAUGAUCAGCGAGGGCUUCGUCCAGAACGGCGCUACAGUGUACAUAUCAUCCCGCGACGCCAAAGCCUGCGAGGAAGCGUGCAAGGAAUUGAAUGCCCUCGGCAAAGGCAAGGCCGACUUCAUCGCAGCCGAUCUAUACACGGAAGAUGCAGCAAAGAACAUAGCCGACGAGCUGAAAAAGAGAGCAGGCAAGCUCGAUGUCAUCGUCAACAAUAGUGGAAGCAACUGGGGCGAGUCGUACGAUAACUAUCCCGCCGCAGCAUGGGACCGUGUCCUCAACCUCAACCUAAAGCGCGUCUUCCAGCUCACGCAAGCCGUCACACCCCUCCUCGAAGCCGCUUCUACCCCGAGCUCACCAGCACGCAUCAUCAACAUCGGCAGCGUCGACGGCCUGCGCGUCCCCGCGCUCGAGACUUUCGCCUAUUCCGCUUCUAAAGCCGGUCUUCACCACAUGAGCAGAGUGCUAGCGAGCCACCUGGGCAAGCGCGGAAUUACAAGCAACACGAUCGCGUGCGGUCCCUUCCAGAGCAAGAUGAUGAAGGCUACAUUGGAGAAGUUCAAGGAUGUCAUUGAGAGCGGGAUACCAUUGGGACGCAUCGGCAGCCCGGAGGAUGUUGCGGGCACUUGCAUUUGGCUAUCGAGCCGCGCGGGGUCCUAUGUUAACGGCGCGACUAUCGCAUUGGACGGUGGUAGCGUCGUUGGCGCCAAGUUGUAA